CUGUUUAUAAUUGAAUCUUACUUAAUGUGUAUUGAGAUUAUUAUAUUAAUUAUAACGUUUUAAAAUCAAUAGAUAUUCCUUGCAUAUACUUAGAUAUUUAACAAAUAAUGGGUGAUCAAAUAGAGAUAACGACGUAUCCAGAGGAGCAGAGUUUAUUCUACAAUGUUCCUUUUGGUGGUUUCAAAGUUGAUAUAAAGGCAAAUUUUGGAAGUGCUGCCAUUGGACUGUCUAAGAAACUUGAAGAUGACUGUGAAUAUUGGGUUAUAAUUGGACAAAAUCGACGAACCUGGAUCAAAAAAGACAAUGGCCCUCCCGGCCUAAUUGUCCAAACUCCUAAUAUCUUAAAUGCAAAUGAAUACAAAAGUUUCUGGGUAUCAUGGCAUGGUUUGUCUAUAAAAUUUGGUAGAGAAGGUGAAAGUGAACCUAUUGUCACAUUUCAAGAUACCAACUUAAAGACCCUGAGAUAUGUCACAUUUGCAGUAAACGGUUCUGAUCGUGAUUAUGUUGUUCACUGGAGGUUUGAAUUGCCACCUGUGAUAACAAAACCAGACAUGUUGCCUAUUACUGGUGGUGAAGUUCAGUGGGUACGAGCUGAUAAUCAGUUACCAGAUGGUGCAGUUAUUGGAGGUUAUGAAAAUGACGCCCUAUAUAUUAUAAGAUCUGAACAUAAUGGGUCAUUGACUCCUGGCAAAUUUGUAUCUUCUGAAGGAGUUGGUUAUAUUUCAUGGGGUGGUGUAGCUCAGGAAAAACAUGAUUUCGAGGUAUUAGUUGGCUACAAUUGCACAUGGGUGCAAACACAUGAAUCUAAUAUCCCAGUGGGUGCAAUUGUAGGCGGCUAUUCAGAGAUCUCUAGAGAGAAACUCUACAUAGGUCGCGCUUACCAAAAUGAACACCUUAUACCUGGAAAGGUGCAGCCAUCUCACUCUGUAUGUUAUAUAGCGUACGAUGGUAGUGAGGUAGGUCAUAAAAGAUAUGAGAUAUUGGUUGGUCCCGACGUAAAUGCACGUUCAGCUAACCGUACUUACAAGUGUCAUAUGGAUAUUGACACACCGUCUAUAUACGAUGAUUUUUUGGAGGAACUAGUGCCAUUGUAAUUAUCUACAGUAAAUAAUUAAAUAAUCCAUGACAAUGG